CUCUCGCCAUUGGAAGUUUACUACCGAAGCUCAAACGCCGUAUCCACAGCCUUCUUCGCAGCAAAAUCGAUUAUUUUCGCUGUCAAUUUUUUUUUUUUGAAGGCACUGUCAAUUUAGUUCAAGUCAUCAAACAUCAAAGUGCUCUUUGCAAAUAUCUGCUGCGGUGUCAAACAGAAUGGCAUGCUGUUGCUUCUUGGACUUGGGAUGCACAGGAUGAAACUUGUGGAAUUUGUAGAAUGGCUUUUGAUGGUUGUUGUCCUGAUUGUAAACUCCCUGGAGAUGAUUGCCCAUUAAUAUGGGGUGCAUGCAACCACGCGUUCCAUCUUCAUUGCAUCUUAAAAUGGGUGAAUUCACAGUCUUCUCAGGCCCAUUGCCCCAUGUGCCGUAGGGAAUGGCAAUUCAAAGGAUGAGAUUUAUUUGUUUUUUAAUAAGACUCAUGUAAGUAAACAAAAAGUCUCGAACUGUUUCCUGCUUUAUUUUUCUGGGGAAUUAUCACUGGUAAUGUUGAUGUUUAACUGUUCAAUAUGUCACUUAAUGACUUGUACAACAAGUUAUCUUAUUUUAGUAAGCACCAAAUGGAUAAGGAUGUAUAACCAAAGUUCGUGUUAGUUUUGAUGAUCUUUAAAGCUUAUCAAUUUGGAUAUUACUCGGUUUAGGGGUUGCUUUCAUGCACUUUUUGACGGGAUCUUUUACCAGAAUUUAUUUGGAUUGGAAGCUCAGUUUGACGUUUUACGC